AGCUCUGUCUCAGUGUUGUGCGAAUUUCGUCUUACGUAAAGGUCUAAAUAAACUAUGUUUUUAGCGAUUUCGUGAUGGAUGACAAGUGUCGGAAUGUGUAUGCAGAUAUGUGUCGUUAAGUGUAUUGUGAAGUGCGUGAACCAUUAAAGCCUGCAAAAUAGGGAAUAUCUUUUUAAACGCGAGGUAGGGCGAGACCCAUCGGUGCUGCCUACCCACCAUAUUUCUUGAUAACUGGCCUGAUGCCAUGGGUUGUUUUGGUAGCGGAGGCUCAAAAGCGGACCAAGAAGAACGAAAAAUUUUAAGUGAACGAAAUAAAAAGAUAAACGCACAACUCCAAAAGGAUAAACAAGUGUAUAGAGCAACGCACAGGUUAUUAUUACUAGGUGCCGGAGAAUCAGGGAAAAGCACAAUAGUGAAGCAGAUGAGGAUAUUGCAUGUCAAUGGCUUUAGUGAAGAAGAGAAGAGGCAGAAAAUAGAAGACAUCAAGAAGAAUAUUCGAGAUGCGAUAUUAACCAUAACCGGCGCGAUGAGCACGCUGACGCCGCCCAUCCAGCUCGAGAAUCCCUCCAACCAGCACCGGGUCGACUACAUCCAGGACGUCGCCUCGCAGCAUGACUUCGACUACCCGCCGGAGUUUUACGAGCACACGGAGAUCCUAUGGAAGGACCGGGGAGUACAGGCGUGUUACGAGCGCUCCAACGAGUACCAGCUGAUCGACUGCGCCAAGUACUUCUUGGACAAAGUUCACAUAAUUAAGCAGCCCAACUACACACCCACUGAACAAGACAUUCUGAGAUGUCGUGUCUUAACUUCUGGUAUCUUUGAAACAAGAUUUCAAGUGGAUAAAGUCAAUUUCCAUAUGUUCGAUGUUGGAGGACAGAGAGACGAAAGGCGGAAGUGGAUACAGUGUUUCAAUGAUGUUACCGCAAUCAUAUUUGUUACUGCAUGCAGCAGUUACAACAUGGUACUGCGUGAAGAUCCUACCCAGAACAGGUUGCGCGAGAGCCUUGACCUGUUUAAAAGCAUUUGGAACAACAGGUGGUUACGGACAAUAUCUGUGAUCCUGUUCCUGAAUAAGCAGGACCUACUGGCAGAGAAAAUCAAAGCCGGGAAGUCUAAGCUGGAAGAAUACUUCGCUGACUUCGCACAGUACCCUACCCCUACGGAUGCAAUGGCAGAACCAGGGGAAGAUCCAGAAGUUAUUCGGGCCAAGUACUUCAUUCGGGAUGAAUUUUUACGUAUCAGUACAGCAAGUGGAGAUGGCAAGCACUAUUGUUACCCACAUUUUACAUGUGCUGUAGACACUGAAAACAUCCGGCGUGUGUUCAAUGACUGUCGUGAUAUAAUUCAACGGAUGCACCUUCGCCAAUAUGAGCUCUUGUGAUGCCUGUCACUGGCUUCAGCUUUAGGUAAUAUGUUUUUGGACUACGUCCAGGUGUUACUGUACUGUUGAAAGUCAGUAGGGUGAAGAGCAGUGGUUUGUGGGAGGGUCACGUGGGAGAUCCCACUCUGAUUGCCAGCGAGAAAAUUUAAGGGAAACACUGUAAAACUGAAAUGUGGACUAAAGUUUAAACUUAUAACUAGCCAAAGCAUUUAUAAGUACAGUAUAUAUGUGUAUAUUGCCAGGAUGUAACAACUAAUGAAGUGAAGCCAAUAUUAAAAAUAUAUAUAAAUAUACAUAUAUAAAUAAUGUAAUUGAGUAAAUACGUGCACAAAAUGUUUUCGUCGCCAAAGGAUACUAUUUGCUUGUUGUUGUUCACCCCAAUUUUAUUGUGUAAAUAUUUUUGUUUAAAAAGUUUUAGAAAUGUGAAAAUGAUAUCUUGGCUCUGUUUUUUAUAUUUAUUGUAAUGUAUUCUGCAGAAACUGAAUGGUGGUUGGCAACUAUGGAACUCAGAAUACUUUCACUGUAGUUGUCUUAUAAUUUCUGAAAAAAAGAAAAUAGAAAACUGUGUUACUUGUUAGCGUUUUGGAAGAGUAGCUGUUUUUGGUGUGGCCAACUGUUUUAGGACUAGCUAUGCAGUAUUUGAUUAACAAUUGUGUCAUUGUUUACAUGUCAUUUUGUGUCUAUGUAAGUAAAACUUUUUCUCAUUGUUUCAAAUGUUUUUACACAUUGUGAAGUAGCUGUGGUAUUUCUUGUCUCUUUUUUUUAAAUUUUAUUACUAUUCUUUUAUAUACAAAAGGUCCAGUGGCAUAAUGUGUUUUAAAGUAGUGUAUUGUCAGAUUUGACAAAUGCCCCCCCUCGAAAUUUGUAGCUGUAAAUGUGGCACAUCAGUUAUUUUCAAAACUAAUGUUGUUUUCUUAUAUUAGUGUAAAACUUUGCUCUUUUAAAUCCUCACUUCAACUUUAGUGUUCCUGGAAACUGUUGUAGGUAGAGGCUGAACAUUUGUGCAGUUUCAGUCAGACACUCAGAGUAGCUCCAUCUGAAUAGGGAGUGGGGGAAUUCCAAAUAUCUGGCCACCACAUUCUCGGAGUAGUGUUGCUUCCUCAUAUGUUGCAUGUAGGGUGAUGCAUCUAUCCAUUUAGUUAGUAUUUGACACUCCAAUAAUAUUGAUAAUCUAUUUUUACUUUGAUGAAUAGUCACUAAUGCAUCACACACACACACACACACACACACACACACACACACACACCUUUGCUACUUUCAGAAGCUUUUGAUAUGUUUGUGCACAGUUGUAGAGUGGAAAUAGGAAAUGCUGAUGAAAGUGUGAAGUGCAAGGUCAAGGAAACCAGGAAAAAGUCAUGACAAAUUCACAUUGCAAAUGAUUUUAUUUGAAGGAAUGAAAUUCGUGAUAGUUUGAUGUCAUUUGUAACACACAACAGAAAAACAUUGAAAAAAAUGUAACAAGUUAUAGAAAUGAAAAUGAAGGUGAAGAUGUAAGUGCCAUGCUCCACUUUUGGGGAAUCCAUCAUCACUACUCUUACUUCAAACAGAAAUGAAGAAAAGUAUUUGCAUCACUGAUACAACGAGAAAUAAAAUCCUCUGUAUUUCAACAAACAAUCCUGUUGGAGGAACAUCCACAACUGAGCAUUAUACCAAAGGUCGUAAAUCCUGCUUCAGUUGUAAAGUUCUUUUACUAUCACACAACCGGUUUUGGGCUCUUAUAAGCCCAUCUUCAGGUGUUGUAAGUUGGUACUGUGGCCUCAGAGUGCCACGAUGAACGUGUACUAGGCGCGAUGUGCUACCUAUGAGCACAGAGCAGGGAGUCCCGAAGAUGGGCUUAUAAGAGCCCGAAACCAGUCAUGUGAUAAUAAAAGAACUUUACAACUCAAGUGGGAUUUUCAACCUCUGGCCUCUGUACUUCAUUUCAAGAAUAUAGACCCUGACUAAUAGGUCUUUGUUUUUUCAUCACAUAACUUGUUGGUCAGUGGAAGGUCAGAAGUAUUUCCUAGGAUGGGAACGUCACGUAGAUUGAACCACAUCUUCAACACAACAAACCUGCAGUCUUCAUCAUCAAACUGCUUUAAUCAAAAGUUUGCUUUUCUUUUCUGAGCUGAAACAUAUUUCUGAAGUGAUGGUUAUCUUUCAUUCGCUGUUAUUUAACAACUUGUUAGCCAAGAAAUCCAGAUCUAAUCAAUCACCUUCAUCCUGGAAGGGUUUUUAGCUUUUAACAACGCUAAGCAAUGUUUCUAAUUAUUCUAGUAAAUAUCAAAAAAUUAACGCUCUGAAGCCGAGUAGCUGCAACCAGAAACCAAAAAAAUUUCAUUUCAGCACUUUCAUAUAUGCUUCAAAGCAAGUAACAUCAAAGUCAUUACCAUCAUGUUGUUUUGUUGUGUCCUACACUGGUAUCACACCACAUGAGUAGUGUCUUCUUGCCACUACAUCCUGAACUCAAAACUUUUAAGCAAACAUGACACCUCUUCAUUACCUGCUCUGCCAGUCAUAUUAUCAUGCCAGAUACACAUCAGUCAUGUACCUAAGACAAUAUUUACGCUCAAGUUGGAAUUUUAGAGCUGUCUUGAAUAAAACUUCGUAUCCUGUUUGAGAUUUGGUGUGAACAUAACUCCUGGAGAUCAACCGAACUGUACAGAUUUCACUUAAGGGUAUUUGAUAAGCUAAAGUGUCAUUUUCAAUCAUUUCCUGGGCUCUCCCAGCCUUUACAAGACGUGUCUUCGAUUCAUAUUUUGCAGUCAUUUCCAGUUCCUUCAAUCUUCAUAUACAGCUUAUUGCAUUUUUCACGCCUGUCAGACCAAUUAUGGAAGAGUUAAAAUGUUUUUCUGUAAAAGAAGCAUAUGUAUGACUUACACUAAAGUAUGGGCUAAACUAGUCCUUGCUUGACUUUAAUCUGCCAAAGUGACUUCCUUCUCUGGGGAAAGACUCAGGUUGUGCUUAAUCAAAUUUGUAUGUUCUUCGCUGAACUUCACCGUAUGUGUGUGAGAACUUGUAGUGUGUACGCUAUGUCCUAUACCGACUUCGUAAGUUCUCCCUCCUUUUAUAAGAUAGUCUUCUAGUGUCUGUAGUUGUCAGAUGACAGUACAAAAAAUGUGUUAUUGCGUACUUGACAGUGUCCACCUGGACCAUCGGACACAGUAUAAUGUGUGCUAGCUUGUCCUCUUUAACGUGGCUAAUCAUAUUUACCAUGACUUUUUAUGUCAACAGGAUUACUUUAUUACAGCCCAUUAUGUAUGUACCCUGCUUUUCUUCACAUAUUGACAAAACUGCAUGUAUAGAUGUCCUUGUGUUUGUAUGCAGUGAUUUGCACUUAUAUCUAUGGUUACAUGUAACCUAGAACAAAUAGCUAUAACUAGAAUGAUCAUAUAAAUGAUGAUGAUGAUGAUAAUAACAAUAAAAUAUAACAACACUAAAAAUAAAAAUAUUCCAUGACAAAAUUACCCAAUAUUUUGUUUUAUUUCAUUAUGCCGCACAAUACACAGUUAAAUACUAAUGCUUUAAACAUCAUGCUGUGACGGUUCUUUCUGAACAACAGCUGUCCCUUUGUUACAAAUGGCUAUCCUUGAAUUCCUAGCCCACUAUUCUUCUUUAUGCUUUUAAUCUCGCCUUUCAUUUCAAUGAUAAAGCACUAGCUACAAAAAUUCAUCUCAAAAAUGACUGAAACAAAGUAGAUUCUAUUGUUGCUUGAUGUUUGUAUGAAAAUUAGUGGGAAACAGGUUGUAAUCUGUCUCUACUGCAGUUAUACAUGCUUGGCAAUUUCAGCAUUCCUCAAGCCAUGAACAAAAGGAACUUGCACACUGCCUCAUCUAGUGAACGUGUUUUGAAAUACAAGGAGACUUCUCUGGUACUUCCAAUCUAUCGUAAAUUAUUAGCCAUGGUACAUUCAGUGGUCUAAAGGAAAAAAUGAAAAUUUCCAAUUUUGGCACCUGCAGCAUUUCCUAUUUCCAGUCUUCAAUUAUCUUCAAAUGAUUUCAUGUAUUUGCUUUCCUUUUCAUGCUUAUAGGCAUCUCCUUCUCUCUCUCUCUGUCUCUCUCUGUCUGUCUCUGUCUCUGUCUCUCUCUCUCUCUCUCUCUCUCUCUCUCUCUCUCUCUCUCUCUGUCUCUCUCUCCCAGCUCUUCAUUGUAAAAUAAUCUUUGUGCUGUAGGCUAGACUUUCCUCCACUUCUGGCUUAAGGUACUGACAUGUCAUGUAAUGUUUGUAUAUAUUGUAGCUUGCAUUUCGUCCUUCACUAUUUCAGAAAAAUCAUGAAUACACACAUCCAGUCUCCAUUUUGACAUAUCUAAAAAGUAUUUAUUUUUAUUACAAAUGUAAUAUUUUCAGAUAAAGCACUUUUGCAAGAAUAAUUCUCAAAUAUAUUUAAACUUCAAUGUACCUGCUUCUCUGUAUGACAGGUAAAGUAUUAGAAUGCACGGUGUCCAUCUCCGACAGCUGACUUUUGGCAAAUGACCACCUCAUCCAUUUCCUCAACACCUUUUAUGAUAGUGCUGUAGGUAACUGGAGGAAGCACACUAGUCCAAAGCUACAGUUUACUCACCAGUUAACUAGAUCCACUAAUUAGCUCCUCCAUUUGCUCCAGCCAGAUUCUAAUUUGUUCAUCGCCUCCCAGAUAGUAAAAGGGAUAUCCAGAGAAAAUGCACCACUAGGAAACUUGGAGCUACUUGCCCUUUCAAUGGAUCCACUGACCAGCUCAAGAGAGAACAGUCCUGUAGCUAUGAAUAACACAAUUUGAGUCUUUUUGCACUCUGAAAUAAUCAGUAGAUUCCCACUGUACCUUUUCCAUUAAUGGUUCAUGCUUCAUCUUUUAAAGUGCCUUUCAGAAAUGAAAUUUUUAAGUUUAAUUUUGUUUGUAAACUCUGCUCUUUCAUAUGAGAACAAUCCCUCCAAUAAAAACACAAAGUAGUUUAUCACCACAGCUGUUUACUUACUAUUGUAUUUAUUCAUAUGCUCUUGUUGCACAAAAAUUAUUUUCAUACUCAUUCAAUCAUUGUGCAAUACAGAGUGCUCUAUACAUGCCAUGAGUCAUUGCUUUUGUUCAGUCCAGAACAGUAAAUUGAAUGCCUAUGGGCAUUGAUUACCUGAGCACAAACAGAGUUUAUGCUUUGUCCUGUGGUUAAUUUAUUUUACAUGCUGCAUUAUGGCUAUUUUAGUAUAAUAACAGUGUUUAAUAAAACUGGAAUCUCAUAAUAUUUGGUGCUGUGUAAAUGGUGGAAAUAUCCACAACUCUUCUGCAUAAUAUUAUUUUCAAGAUUUAUUCACGUACAUGAUUCAUCUCUGCGGAAACACAGCCCUUGGAAGUCCUAUCAUGUUGUUUCUGAAACAUUAAUAAAAGCACAUCAUCAUAUUGUUUAACAUGAUGAUAUAUGAGAUUUUAGUCACCUGCAUGAUCUGUUGGAAAAAUAGUACAUACUUCAUGUAGAAUUGCAGUGACUAUUGGCAACUGCUUCUGUUAGUGUUACAUAUAGUAUUAGAAAAUAAUUGAAAACAUUCUUAGAGAAUGUUUUAUUAGAUGGAAAUUGCAGUUUGUUCACCUUUACUGCCAAAGUUUUCUUUUUUUCUGGAUUGGUUCUCAGUUUAGAUAAAAAUCUACUUCGGUGGAAGUGGUGUAUGAUGCUUCCUCGUGUUAGACUCAUUAUUUCAAACGUAAUAUUUUUCUGGAAAACACAUGCCUCAAUUUGGAUCAAACCCCACUGCCAUCCUCCUUCGAUUUGUGAUGAAUGGGUCAUGUCAUUUAUCCAACUGGUCUCAGAUAUUACUGCAGGUAACAUGUUUAAGUUACCAGUAUAAAUACUGGCCUUGUGUACAUGUAAUGUAUUGAAUAUGCUGAUACAGGAUUUUUAAUGACGCAUGAUGGAGCUCAUUUUAUAAGCACAAAAAAAGUUAUUAUUUCAGUAUACAGUUAUGCUACUGGACUUUAAACUCAGCACAAUAUUUAUCAAACUUUUUUUGCAGUGCCACCAGUUGCAAAUGUAACUAUGUAUUAAUCAGAUGCUCUGAAAGAGUAAAAUGUUCCAGUAGAAACUGAGCUCAUGUAUUUGGUGGAAACGGAAUUAGCAAAACUGCUGUAUGCAGGAUACUGCUCAUCAAUUUGCUGAAUCAAAUAUUGUAUUGUUUUUGUGAUUUGGUCUCUUUUGGAAAUGACUGUUGCAUAUAAGAUCAGUACAAAACUUGCAACUGCAGUUGUUAAGGAAGAAAUGUUGUGUUAUUGUGUCUAGAUCUUUUAUUUAUACAAUUGUCUGUUGAAUGCAGAGGACUUGCAAUUGAUCUGAGAUGUACUACAACUUUGUCUGGAGCAUAUUUUAUCCCCUACCAAGAGCCCAGUUGUAGAGUAAGAGCUCAUUUGUACAAGAGAAGCAGAGAUCUAUUCUUUGUCUGUCUGCUUAGUGUGUGUGUGUGUGUGUGUGUGUGUGUGUGUGUGUGUGUGUGUGAGAGAGAGAGAGAGAGAGAGAGAGAGAGAGAGAGAGGUGGUGAUAAUUAUCUGCAUUUUGAAAGUUGGUGUAUGCAUGUCGAGAGAGGAAUGUUUUAAAUAAUCCUAAAUGUCUUUUAAUAAUUUGAUUGUGAAAUGUACGUAUAACAAUAGAAAUUAUAUCUAUAUAUGUAUAUUAAAUUUGUAAAGCAAAGAGAAUUAUAUCUAUAUAUAUAUUAUAUAUUUGAAGACAGAAAUAUAUACAUUUUAUGUUGCUA